GUCUUUAGAAGUCGGAAGCCUUCCCUAGGACGACUGUUACACGAGGCUAUGGCGCCAGCCACCCAGACCGUGAAUACGACGGCGCGGUUAGCUGCCCUGCGGGACUUGAUGCGCGGGAAUGGCCCAGUGGAUGCAUAUGUGGUACCGAGUGAAGAUCAACACUCUAGCGAAUAUCUGGCGCAUUGUGAUGAGAGGAGAGCUUUCAUUUCUGGCUUCACAGGUUCCGCGGGAUGCGCUGUAAUUACCUCUAAGGAUGCCUAUCUGUUUACGGAUGGUCGAUAUUUCUUACAGGCCGAGAAACAGUUAGAUGGAAAUUGGAAGUUGAUGAAGCAAGGACUCCCAGGCGUCCCGUCGUGGCAGGAAUUCCUUGCGAAGAAUCUUGAACCUAGCAGCCGUAUCGGAAUUGACCCAACCUUAAUCUCUGCAGCGGAUGCCGAUAGUCUCAAAGAGACCCUAAUCCCGAAGAAGUCCCAGCUCGUCCCUAUAGAUAUGAACCUAGUAGACCAAGUAUGGGGAGCUGAUCGACCGGCGCGCCCGAAGAACAAGGUCUUCCCUCUGGAUAUCAAAUAUUCAGGGCAGCCGCACCACGAGAAGAUCAAGCAGCUAAGGGAUGAGCUCACGAAUCAGAAAGUCAAAGCUAUAGUCGUGAGCAUGCUCGACGAAGUCGCUUGGCUAUUUAACCUCCGGGGCUCGGACAUCGACUUCAACCCAGUAUUCUUCGCGUACGCGGUCGUCACCCACGACACGGCCGUCCUGUUCGUCAACCCAGAGCAGGUCGACGAAGCCGUGCGCGGGCAUCUUGGCAGGGACAUUGAGGUUCGCGCAUAUGACGAGUUCUUUGCGUACCUCAAGAGGCUCGUGACGGAGUUAGAUGCGUCCGAAGAUGCCCCUAUUCUGAUCAGUGAUAAGACCAGCUUCGCCGUGGAUCAGGCCAUCGGUCAGGACAAAGUGCAGAUCACUCGCUCUCCCGUCACAGAUCUUAAAUCCAUCAAGAACGCGACGGAAAUCGAAGGUUUCCGCCAGUCACACAUCCGGGACGGCGCUGCGCUCGCGCGUUACUUCGCCUGGCUCGAGGAGCAGCUCAACAAUGGGGUUGAGUUGAACGAGAGUCAGGCCGCAGAUAAACUCGAAGAGUAUCGCUCACAGCUGGAUCUGUACAAAGGGUUAUCGUUCACUACGAUAUCCUCGACGGGGCCCAACGGAGCCAUUAUCCAUUACUCCCCUGAUCCGAGCGACUGCGCGAUCAUCGAGAAGGACCAGAUCUACCUAUGCGACUCCGGCGGACAAUACCUCGACGGCACGACCGACGUAACCCGCACAUGGCACUUCGGCACGCCGACCGCGGAGGAGAAGAGGGCUUUCACGCGUGUAUUGCAAGGCCACAUCGCGAUAGACACGGCUGUAUUCCCCAACGGGACCUCAGGUUAUGUCAUCGAUUCUUGGGCGCGGAGAGCAUUGUGGGCAGACGGGCUUGAUUAUCGCCACGGGACUGGACACGGUGUUGGGCAUUUCUUAAAUGUGCACGAAGGUCCACACGGUAUCGGUGUCCGGAUAGCGUACAACAGCACCGCUCUCAAAGUUGGAAUGACGGUAUCCAACGAACCCGGCUAUUACGCUGACGGGCGCUUCGGGAUCCGUAUCGAGAACGUCGUUAUCGUCCAGGAAGCUCAGACGCCUAAUAACUUUGGAAGCAAGGGAUACCUCCGCAUGGAGCACGUCACAAUGUGCCCUAUACAGAAGAAGCUUGUGGAUCUGGAUGUACUCACCCCUCAAGAGCGGGACUGGCUGAAUCGGUAUCACGAGGAGACAUGGGAAAAGGUGUCACCCCUUCUUCAGAACGAUAAGCGCGCAUUAGAGUGGCUGAAGAGGGAAUGCUCGCCCCUGUAAUACUGCAUCACGGUCAUAACUAUGCAGAGUUGCUUUUCCAUGCUGUGACCGCUGGUGAGGUCGCCCG